AUGUUUAAAUAUUACCCGAAAACAAUUCAUUUCUUUGGAAUUGGGGGCGGAUCUUCCGAUGUGAGAUUGUAUGCGAAUGAAACGUUUGAUUGGUCUGAUCCUCUCUCCCUCCGCUCACGAAUCCUAGUAGCUGGGGGCGGCGGGGGCUCCGAGUGGCCUAAUUCUCGAGGUGGCCACGGCGGCGGUCUUGAAGGAGGAAAAGGAUACUCUAAUUGUCAAUCCGUACUUCGAACCGAUUGUCCUAACUCAAUUUCAGGAGGAGGAACACAGAUUGCCGGUGGAAGUGCUGCUCCUACAUUUCGAAAUUUAGUUGGUUAUCCUGGAUUGUUUGGAAUUUCUCCUGUGAAUUAUACUUCUAUUGAUAUAGGAGGGAUUGGAGGAAAUGGAUAUUAUAGUGGUGGAUCAAUCGAUUUAGCAGGCGCUGGUGGUGGAGGAAGCUCUUUUAUUUCAGGAUAUGAAGGUUGUGUAGCUUUAAAUAGCUCUCUAAACGAAAAUCCGAGUCCGACAAGAUCAUCAAUACAUUAUUCCGGAAUAAAGUUUUUUAAUCCGAUAAUGAUCCAAGGUAAUAACGAUAUGCCUCUGUAUUAUCAAUCUAGUACCGACAAAUGGUCUAUUGGAAACAAGAAUCGAGGCGCGAUACGGAUCACAAUUAUUAGUUUAAAAAAAUGCACAUGUUUGGCAAAGUACCAAAUUACCUGUUCAUUACUUUUUGUCACAUUAGCUAAUUUGGUUCUUUGA